CGGAAGUGUAACAGACGGCGGUUGAGGUGAUCGGUUCUGUGCCAGUGUUCCGUCAGGAGUCAGAACUGAGGGUAGAACCACCACAACGAGACCACUUCCGGCCGUGAGCAUGAGCGAGGACCGGGAGGCCCACUACCGGGACCGGGAGGACCACUACCUGGAGCUCUGCGAGACCCCGGUGCAGUUUGAGAACGCGUCCAGCGUGAACAACGUCUUCUUCGACGAGGCCAACAAGCAGGUGUUCGCGGUGCGUUCAGGGGGAGCCACAGGUGUGGUGGUCAAAGGCCCGGACGACAAGAGCAGCGUUGCGUUCAGGAUGGAGGACCGAGGGGAGGUGAAGUGCAUCAAGUUCUCCAUCGGGAACAAGAUCCUGGCGGUCCAGAGGACUCUGAAGUCUGUGGAUUUUAUCAACUUCAUACCUGACUAUCCGCACACAGAGUUCACCCAGGAAUGCAAGACGAAGAACGCGAGUGUUUUGGGGUUCUGUUGGACCAGCUGGAACGAGCUCGUCUUCAUCACCGACCAGGGCAUCGAGUUCUACCAGGUGCUGCCAGACAAACGCAGCCUGAAGCUGCUGAAGAGUCAGAGCAUCAACGUCAACUGGUACCAGUUCUGCCCGGAGACAGCGGUGCUGCUGCUGUCCACCACGGUGCAGGGCAACGUGCUGCAGCCCUUCGCCUUCAAGAGUGGGACCAUGUCCAAAAUGUCUAAAUUUGAGAUCGAGCUUCCUGUCGUCCCCAAACCGGCUAAACUGAGCCUGUCAGAGAGAGACAUCUCCAUGGCAACCAUUUACGGUCAGAUGUUCGUGAUGUACCUGAAGCAUCACUCGAGGACCAACAGCCCCACAGCAGAGGUGGUGCUGUACCAUCUGCCCAGUGCCUUGUCCCAGACGUCUCUGAUCUUUGACAUCAAGCUGAAGGAUCCUGAUUGUGCCGUCAACACACACCAACCUGUCCUACCUGCUCGCUCCAUCCACCCCUACAGGAUGCCACUGGCAGGUGCAGCGGUCGUUCCCUCUCAGCCUCCAGCUCCUUGUCAGCUCUACUCUUCGUCCUGGAGCGUCUUCCAACCCGACAUCAUCAUCAGCGCCAGUGAAGUCCUGCGAGGCGGUGUGAAGGGCAGCAGUCUUCCCGUCGUGGCGACCGUGUUCGACAAACUCAACCAGGUGUACAAGGAGUACCUGGAGGCGGAGCAGAGCUACACCGCGGCGGUGGAGUCCGGGCCGAGCCGAGGCAGCGCGGCCCAGAAGCGUCCAAUCAGAACUCAGGCGGUGGUCGACCAGUCGGACAUGUACACACACGUCCUGUCUCCCUUCACCGAGAGGAAGGGCGUGUGCCAUAAGCUGGUCAUCGCCGUGCUGAUGGAGUACAUCCGCUCCCUGAACCAGUUCCAGAUCACCGUGCAGCACUACCUGUACGAGCUGGUGAUCAAGACCCUGGUGACGCACGGCCGCUUCUACAUGCUGCACCAGUUCCUCCAGUACCACGUGCUCAGCGACUCCAAGCCCCUGGCCUGCCUGCUGCUGUCUCUUGAGAGCACCUACGCUCCGGCCCACCAGCUGUCCCUGGACAUGCUCAAGCGUCUGUCCACGGCCAACGAUGAGAUCGUGGAGGUUCUGCUGUCCAAGCAGCAGGUUCUGGGCGCGCUGAGGUUCAUCCGCAGCGUGGGUGGCCAUGACAACGUGUCGUCCAGGAAGUUCCUGGACGCGGCGCGACAGACCGGAGACCAGAUGCUGUUCUACACCGUGUUCAGGUGCUUCCAGCAGAGGAACCAGAGGCUCAGGGGCAGUCCGGGGUUCAACGCCGGAGAGCACUGUGAGGAGCACGUGGUCCACUUCCAGCAGCUGUUUGGGGAUCAGGCUCUCAUCAAACCGUCCACCGUCUAAUGUUUAUUAAAGUCAACAAAUGUUUAUUUGCUUAAUUUAUAACAGAACAAUAAACAUGUUGCACAACAUGAA